AUUGGUUGUGCGAUUAAACUGCGUAGCCGGUUACGUUCCAUUAUUGCUUCAGUCUGUUGCAGUGAGAAGUGAAUUUGUGUGUGAAAAAGUGUUGAAAAUUACAAUAUCGCAAAUCUGUUCCGGUACUUUUGGGCCCGAAAAUGGCGGAUGUAGUGGAAAAACGAAAGCUCAGUGAACUGCGCGUGGUCGAUCUGAAGCAGGAGCUGGAAAAACGUGGCAAAGACGGUAACGGAGUGAAAAAUGUGCUGAUCGAACGGUUGACUCAGGCGCUGAAGGAUGAAAAGCAAAAUCCGGAAACUUACGAGUUUGAGAUUGUGACGGCUGGGAAAACUCCUGCCAAAAAGGGUAAACCAGCCACCGGAAACAGUAAAACUGAUGGUGAUGCGGAUGCUUCUGGCACGACAGAUGCUGCUAACGGGGAGAGUGGGGGCGAUCUGAACAUGGAGGAAAUGACGGUACAGGAUGAAUGCAAAGAGGAAGAAAAAGCUGCUAAGGACGAGUCGAAAUCAUCUGCACCGGAGCAAAACGGUGAGGCGACAACCGAGGGAACUCCAUCCACCGACAAUGCGACUGAUGCUGAUAAGGCUGGAAAAGAGGAUACCAAGGAAGCCGAUAAUGAGGAUUCGCUCAAUUUGACUAUCGGUGAGGAGGAUGAAAAGUUGCUGCAUGAUGACAGCAACAUCGAAAACGAAAAGAAAGGUGAAGCUGGAAAAGCUGCAGCUGCGGAUUCCAAAACCGAUGGAAAAGCUGAUGAGGAAAAGAAAACGGAGAAAAGUGAAUCAUCCAGCGACAAAACGGCGACUACCAAAGAGGAAAAAGAGAGUGGAAGCAGCAAGACAUCUAGCUCUGCAAAAUCAGCUGGCGAUUCCAAGUCCAAAUCGUCACCGAGCUCGAGCGAAAAGUCCGCCGGCACCACCUCGACCGUUUCCCGCAAUCUCUGGGUGUCAGGUUUAUCCUCGCUGACGCGCGCAACUGAUCUGAAGCUGAUUUUCUCCAAGUACGGUAAAGUGAUUGGCGCAAAGGUAGUGACUAACACGCGGACGCCUGGAACUCGCUGCUACGGCUACGUGACGAUGGCUUCGGCGAAGGAUGCUACGGAGUGUAUCACCCAUUUGCACCGGACCGAAUUGCACGGACGUAUGAUCUCAGUCGAGCGGGCAAAAUCUGACCUAGGGCCAUCGAAGCCAACCGGAGCUGGCGGUGGUAAGUCGGAGUCGUCGGCUAAAUCAGUAGAUGGCGACUUAGAGAGCAGAGAUAAAACCGACAGAGACGACAGGCGAAGGGAUGAUAGCAGAGGCGGCGACAGACGUUACUACCGUAGCCGUUCGCAGUAUCGAGGCCGGUCACCAACACGGAAUAGAUCACCAAUACGCGGCAAGUCGCAGGUUCGUUCCAGGAGCAGCCCCACGAAGGACGAUAAGCCCAGAGAUGACAAAAAAGAUGCCGACAACAACAAGGAUGAGAAGGACAAGGAAGGCGCCAAGAAGGAAGGAGAACGCGGUUCGCGGGAUGGUGAUCGUCAGAGCCGCGACGGAGAUCGGCGGGAUGGCAACCGCUCUCGCGACAGGGAACGUGACGUCCUUUCGCUGCAGAAAAUACGCGAAGAGCGUGAGAGGCAAAGGCUGCGUGAGAAGGAACGCCAGCUGCGUGAAGAGGACCGACGUCGCCGGGAAAUUCGAGCCCGCCAGCGCGAGGAGGAACAGCUGCUGCGCCGCGAGCGGGAAAAACUCGCACUCGAACGGGCCCGCAUCGAAAAGGAGAAAGCCGAGCUGCUGCGCAUUGAACGCGAACGUCAGAAGCUGGAACGGGAGAAGAUCGAACUCGAGCGGCUGGAACUGAAGCGUCAGCAAAGGAAGAUCGAAGAGGCGAAACGGAACUUGAAACGCCCGGCAACGGAUCAUGCACACUACGAUGAGGACCGUAAACGUUCGGCAGGAUCAGAUAGGCGCUUCGAAGCGCCCCCACCACCGUCGAUCUCAUCUUCCGGCCGUGGAUCCUAUCCAGCAGUAGAGAAAAAGCGUCUGGACGAUUAUCCACCAUCGAAACGGGAUGAGUAUGCUGCCAAGCGGGACGAAUACAAAUCGCGCGACGAUUAUAAGCGACCGGUUGACGAUUACCGGCGGAAUGAUACCUUCAAGCGUAACGGUGGUGUUAUCGACGACUACAAACGGGACAUGGAUCGGCCGAUGCAGACAAUCGAUAAUCGUUACCCGGAUGCGCGCGGUAGCAGCACCGGUGCCGGUGAUUAUCGCGGUAACGGUUCCCGGGAUGACCGCGACCGUAGUGGUCCUGGGCCGAAAGGACGUUUCAUGGACCAGGUCGAAGGUCGCUAUCAGGAUCGUACCGGUGGAGGCAGCGGAGGCGGUAGCGGUGGCGGACCGUGGCACAACAAUGCUGGACCACCGCAGAUGAGCAUGACACCGGCAAUGACGAACGAUGGCUGGCGGAUGGACAACGGUCAGGACCGGUAUGAUCGCACGUACAAUGAGCGGAAAGUUACACAAAUGAGUGCUGGACCGUUCAUGGACCCCUCGCGGCAAGGCCAGUUUAUGAGCGGCGGCGGCGGCGGCGGUCGACCACAGGACAGGUAUGGUGCGCCAGUCUCCGGACGCUUUGACAAUGGACGUUAUUAAAUAAGGGUAUAUUAACUACACUAUUAGGUGUAGUGUAUUUUGCUAUCAUUCCUGCGUAGAGGAGGAUGCGUAGGAUAAGCAACAGCGACAGUAUGUAUAACGGAAUAAAAAAAAGUAGACAUUAUUCUUGCACUAGUAGCUUCUUCAGCCUCUGUCUUAAAGUAAGGAAUACCCAAGUUUGGUCGAGAACAAAAUAAUGGUAGUUUCCCCUGACCUUAACGUUAAACAAAAGGAACGUUAAUAAUAGUCAUUAAAUCAUCUACGGUAAUCUAUUAUGGUUAACUUAUCGUUUCUCGACUAUCAUUGAUGUGUGGUUACUUGAUUGAUGUAAAUUCUGUCAUUUUUUUUUAGUAGGAAUAAUGAUUUAUGCUAAGGCACAAUGAAAGAUGUCAAUAAAUUG